AUGGAAGAGCUUGGCCCAGAAGAGUCCUUGCGAGCUGAGAACUCUGCCGCGCGCUCUCCAGAAGUGCGUAUCCGAACUAGAUCUGAGGCGACGAGCCAGAACAUGACCCACAAAACCCGAGUCAGAAAGUACGAGCACGUUCUUUUCCAAGGACAGACCUUCGUGGUCACUGGUGGAGGGUCUGGAAUUGGACUCGCCAUCACUCUGACUCUCUGCGAUCGAGGUGCCACAGUAUGGACACCGGAGCUAUCACCAAACCCGCCCGAGGAGCUGAAACCAUUAAUCGAAAGAGGAACGGUUCAUUUCAAAGGAGACAUCGAUGUUGCGAGCCGGACGGCCUGCAAGGCAUUCAUGGACGAUGUCAUCGCAACUAGUGGGCGGUUGGAUGGACUGGUGAAUAAUGCUGGGAUUGGAUUGACUGAAGGUCCCAUCGCCUCAGACGACGCUUUUGAUCGCAUGGUCGACGUGAACCUCAAAGGAACCUGGAAUUACGGAACGCAGGCACUUCAAAUCAUGCAAAACCAAGAGCCAAGGGGGCCAUGGGCUUCACGAGGGAAUAUUGCCAGCGGUGCAGGGCUGAGAGGAGUGAGCUGUUUGGCGGUGUACUGCGCGACAAAACAUGCACUGAUCGGACUAGCUCGAUCAUGGGCUCUGGAUUUCGGUUCGUACGGUAUUCGAGUCAAUGCUGUUGCGCCGGGCAUCACAGAAACACCAGCCUUUGUGAAGCGUGUAAGAGAGGAGGAGGGCUUCCUGGACACUCUGCCCAGUAAUCCUAUUAACAGAUACGGGAAACCCUCUGAAAUCGCGGCUUCGGUGUCAUUUCUUCUCUCAGACGAGUCUAGUUACGUGACGGGUGACGUUCUUGCUGUCAGUGGCGGCAGCUGA